ACACAAUUUUCUUUUAUUUAAAAAAAAAAAGUAUUAGCCAACAAACCUUUUAAUUAGGCCAACAAUUACCAACAAACGACCAACAAACGAUUCGUAAAGUCAAAAAUUAAAAAAGUAAAAGUUACCCGGCUAACUUCCCGGAGGUUCACUUGCGUCAAUUGGCGCGACGGUACAUAUGUAUAUGUCGCGUGUGUGCAAUCGUCGCGAUUUAUACCAGUCACAAACUACGGAGUAAUAUCCAUCUGUGCGCGUGCGCUCAAAUCCACUUCGACUUUGCUUUGUACAUUUCUACUUGUAUUUCAAUCACGUACUCGCGAGAAUUUGUCAUUUAAUUCGACAUUCGCUACUGUGGUUAUUUUUCGCAACGAUAUGUCUACCAGAUUCACAGGAAUAAAACUGGGGCCACCCAUUGAGGUUUUUGCAUUGCAAAAAGCAUUCGUCGACGAUGCUUACGAGAAGAAAGUUAAUCUUACUAUAGGAGCUUACCGCACUAACGAAGGUAAACCAUGGGUCCUGCCGGUCGUAAGAAAAGUAGAGAAAUCACUUGCUGCCGAUGAUCUACAGAACCAUGAAUAUUUGCCGGUGUUGGGCUUGGAGGCAUUUAGCGAAGCUGCUACGAGCAUGUUACUGGGUGCAGAUUCUCCCGUUAUUGCCCAAGGGCGUGCCUUUGGUGUUCAGUCGCUUUCUGGCACGGGAGCACUUCGUGUCGCAGCUGAAUUUUUGAGUCGCAUUCUACAUUACGAUACUAUCUACUACAGCAAGCCUUCCUGGGAAAAUCACAGAUUGGUGUUUACUAAUGGAGGAUUCAAAAACGCACGGGAAUAUACGUAUUGGGACGAGAAGACGCGCAAUAUCGACUUGGAGGGAAUGCUUCGUGAUUUGAGAGAUGCUCCGGAAAAUGCGGUCAUUAUUCUACAUGCUUGCGCACACAAUCCCACUGGAUGCGAUCCAACACCGGAGCAAUGGGCCAACAUAGCGGAUGUGAUACAGGAGAAACGACUUUUUCCAUUAUUCGACAGUGCAUAUCAGGGUUUCGCAAGCGGGGAUCUGGACAAGGAUGCGUAUGCCGUACGAAUGUUUGCCGAACGUGGGAUCGAAUUCAUCUGUACGCAGAGUUUCGCGAAAAAUUUUGGAUUGUACAACGAAAGAGUUGGUAACAUAGUUUUCGUCUUGACUGACACGAAGGAACUGGUACAAGCAAAGUCGCAGUUAACCCUGAUUGUCCGAGGAAUGUACAGCAAUCCUCCCAAUCACGGUGCUCGGAUCGUCGCGACAGUACUGAGGGAUCCAGGCCUCUUUGAAGAAUGGAAGGACCAUAUCAAGACGAUGUCAAGUAGAAUUAAACAAAUGAGAAUAGGUUUACACCACAGACUGCUCAAAUUAGGCACUCCAGGUACUUGGGAUCAUAUUAUCCAACAAAUUGGAAUGUUCUCAUACACAGGACUCAUUGAGAAGCAAGUACAGCAUUUAAGGGAUCAUUAUCACAUUUACAUGUUACGGAGCGGACGUAUAAACAUGUGUGGACUUAACGAAUCUAAUUUGGACUACGUCGCGAAUGCGAUCGAUGAAACGACGAAGCUGUUUCCGGAACCGCAGGCCAAUUCAGGCUCGACCGAAAUCCUGCACCGAGAUGAGAGCGCCGUCGUUGUUCCCGUAAAAACGGAAGUGAAACGAGAAAUCGAUAAUAACUCGACGUUUCACGAGAGUUACGACGAGAUAGAGGAGAAAUUGAAGCAGAUCUGCGACGGUUAUCGCGUAGAGAACGCCACCGACGACGCGACGACGAAGCCAAAUUCAGUUUCCGUGAAACGGAGGGGAACCUUUGAACGAUCGGUGACGCAAGCGCCGCAGUUUCACAGGAGUAUCAAUUACAAAUAUUCCCCGAGAAACGAAAUCGGGGACAUGCUCGCCGAUAACGCGGGAAACAUUGAGAUAAUUUUCGGCAGUGAGAGCGGGGAGGAGUGCGCGCACGUCCCAAAGUGUAGCACGUCUCACGGUGACGAUGCUGAAACCGGUGAAACCGAUAAAUCGGUGAAACUGAUGGAUCCGGGUAACGAUCGCGUUACGGAGAAAGUGGUGUUCGACGGGGAGAAGAACGUACACGUCACGCCGAACGAGCCAAUGCGAGCCGCCAUGAAACGUAAACGCAGAACUCGAGAAGAGAUAAUGGAGUCGAUAAAGAAAUCGAUUCGAAGCACAUCCUCCCAGAGCACAAAUUCGGUAAGCACAAAUAGCGACACCUCGGACAACGGAGUUGCGCGAUCUAACAGAGACACUGGACAAGAUUCGUCGGCUCUAACGAGAUUCACGAUCAAGGUGACGGGCGACCGCGACGACGUGGUCGAUAUCAUGCAGGAUCUGUUUAAAGGCGCGAAUGAUUUUGUCAUCCAAGAGCACGAGGACGCUGAUACGCGGCGAAGAGAUGACGUCUCCGUCAGAUCCGUCACGUCUAUCAUCAAGAUAGACGACUGUCGUCCACGCGUCGAGGAUGACGAACGUAACGGUGGCGGCGCUCCAUCGACGACGAGUGUUACGCCGAGCAUCAGGUUACAAGGUAACGAUGCAGCGACGUCGUCAAGUACCGCGAGGCGACAUCUCGAGCUCGAAUUGAAUGACGACUGUGCGACACCGAUCGUCGAUUGUGCCGUUAAAUACAAAUAUCGGAAGCUGCAGGAAACAGUGAAGAUGCAGGAGGAUGUAAUCAAGAAGCUGACCGACCAACUUAUCUUGUACAAAGAUUUGAAGAAGGAUCAGAGCAAACAUUUCGAAGCGAGGACGAACGAGGUGGCGGCGGGCAACCUGAUGUGCGAGUUUAAUGGGCGAAGCGCGGAUGGUACGUCACCCUCGGCGAGCCACAAGAAAACUGUAGACUCGAGGCAAAGAUUGACCAAGGACUUGUCCAACAGAGUGAGCUACUUUGAGGAGAUGAAUAAGAAGCUGAUGAAAACUGUGACCGUGGAGUGUCAGCAAAAGAGAAAGUUGGAGGGCCAAAUCAAGCAAAGGGACAAUCGAAUAAAGGAGCUCAAUUGGAAAUUGGAGAAAGCCUCGAAAUUCCUCGAGCGAGCCGAAAAGAAUACAAACACCUACAGAAGGAAGAUGCUAAACAUGCAAACGUUCAUGAGAAGAAAGAAACUUCUGGACGAGAAGAUGAGCAGAUUUCACGAGAUGCUGAUGGACAGCGCAAAGGAAGGCUAUUCCGAGAAGACUCUGGUGAUGGCGAUGGAGAUGAAAGAGGUUUGCGGUACGGACGGAUACAAGAAAUUGUUGAACUUUGGAUUUCCGCUUCCGACGUUGACGGCUUUGCGGGGCUGCUUCCCGAGUGGGGAUUUCUCGGAUUCGAACGAGAGCAACAACCAGAUCGCGAUUCGAGCUGCCUCCUCGAAGCGUGAUCAAGUGAACGAGGAACACGGUACGGAGUGCUUCGCCACGAGAAAUCAUUCAGAGGUGACGGCGGAAUCGGCACGUCGAGAGAACGCGUUGGACAAUACGGAAACUAUAACUGGCACCGUUCAAGAUAUCUUCGACGAGAAUGAUGACGGAGACGAUUUUAGUACAAAUGAAUUGAGAGAACAUUUUAUCUUACAACUCAACGCAGUUAUGUAGCCGUGGAUGACAUCAUCGCGAUAUGUACUUUUACCCAUUUGUUUCCAUGUACAUGUGUAUUCGAGAUUUAAUUAUGUAUAUAUACAUAUAUAUGUGAAUAUAAGAUUUAUCAUGUAUCAAAGACAGAGAGUGCGCGAGCGCUCGUUAAAUACUAUUUAUUACGAGAUGCCAUCGUGUAAUGCGCGAGUAAAUCUUGCCUCCGCACGGACCAAUCACGCAAUUGUAUCUCUAACAUAGGGCUUUAUUUUAUUUUAAACAAUGAAACUCUUGUAUUAAA